AUGAAGUGGUUCAUCAGCAUCGUUGCCCUCUACGGAGCCCUGGCAACUGCUUUGCCCAGCAACAUCAAUGCCCACAAUUUACCAGACAUUCAAAAUGUAGCGGGCGUCGGCUUAGCAGAAGCCCAUAAAGAAGGAGGCGACAUGCCUAAACGUGGCAUUUGCACUGAUGAUGACCUGGAUUGCUGCUGCCAGUGUGCUGGAUCUAAGGCUUUCCCGUGUAUUGGAUGUUUUGGGCUCAAGAAUUGCCCACACGAGAAAGUGCGUUUUGUGAAUAAGGAGAAGUACUAUAACUACUAUACGCAUAAUCCACACGAGUCAAGAGGGGAUGAUGUUAGAGAUGAAACUGCUAUCCCCAGCAACACCAAAGCCAUCAAUUUCUUGGAGGUUCAAGAUGCAGUGGAAAACGAUUUAGCAGACAUCCACAAAGAGAGAAGCGACAAUGCUAAACGCGGCAUAUGCACUGAUAAUGACCCGGAUUGCUGCUGCCAGUGUGCUGAAUCUCAGGCUUUCCCGUGUAUUGGAUGUAAAGGGGAAAAGCAGUGCAUAAACCUAGGCCGUGUGUCUUUUGAUGUAAAGCCGUCAAUAAAAAUUGUAGGCUAUAACUAA